AUGUCACAAUCCGGUUCUGGAGAACCCCCUAAUGGCACUAUUCAAAAUGAAAACGCCGGUGAAACACAGCAGCAGCAGCAACAUCACCAUCAAUCAAAUGGGCCCAAUCAAAAUGGCAUUAAAGCAGCUGAAUCAAAACCUGACUUAUCGAAUGGCUUUGAAAAUCGUACAGUGGAUUACGAGCGCAUGGGAUUGGAACGAAAUCCGGCUGUAUCGUUGCAACAGCCAUCACAAACGGCAGCAGUAUCUUCGCGUUUACAACAACAGUAUCCACAUUCAGAGGUUUCAUCAAUGGAUUAUCCAUCAGUAUCCCAAACAGGUAUUUAUCCCACUUCCGGGAGAUUACAGUCAACAAUGGGUCAACCAGAGGAUCGACACCCUGUCGUCGCUGGACAACUUCCUGUACAACACCAGCAGUAUCCAUCAGACAAAGCUGGCUUGGAACACGCCCAUGUAUCUCAAACAGCUACUCAGACACUGCCAGUACAAAUUCAGCCACACUUUGUACCGGAUUUUGUACCCGAUCAGAGUCAGUAUCCACAAGCUCGCGGUCAAUUUGAGGUCAGAUCGCAGAUGUACGCCCAGCAGGCGGGUCAAUACGGCGAUCGCGUCGGCUACGUGACAAGAGACGUCACGUACAGAGACUCAUCGCUUUAUGCUCACACUCAGGGUACCGGUAAUCCGGUGUUUAGCGGACCAACUGGUGGUUAUGUAACAGUCCAGCAUAGUUCUCAGUUGCCAUCGCAAUCGGCAAGUCCGCAACCACCUGGUUUUUAUCCGGGUGUUAUAAUGACGGCUCAACCCACAGUAUCUCAGAGUUAUGGUCAAUUUGCUGGACAAUCACAGUAUACGUACAGUCAAUAUCCACAGACUUUGAUGAAUCCGAUACCCUAUAAUCCGCAUGCCCCUAUCUACACGGCUCAACAGUUUAAUCAACAAACUUCACCUAAUCCCCAGAGAUACUCCCAAGAGGUGUCUCAAUAUCAAGGUCAACCUAUCAUUCAGCCGAUCGCACAAAACGUUAUUGCAUCGGGAACUGAUAGAUCUGUUAAUAGUAAUACAACACGAGGUCCUAAACCAAUGGUACCCCCUCGCAUUAAUUCUAAGAUCACCAGUGAUUCGGGAAAUCGAAAAUCAAUUACUGAUAUGCCAGUAAUUAAACCCAUGACUACUACUACUACUAAUGCUAAUACUCCUGGAGCUGGUAUUAGUACAGCAAAUACUGGCGUUGUUAAUCAAAAUGUGCCUCCUACAUCACAGGAACCAGCAACUACACUUACAACGACCAAUGCUGUUCCCGUAUCAGACGCUCGAUCUUUUCCAACUCCUGUUAAUCAAACACCAAGAACACGCCAGGACGGGUUAUACGUUGAUUCAACCAAUGAUCAGUCAACGAGAGACACGAUUGUCGACACGAUAGCAAGCGACUGCGGUCUCUAUGUGUCGCGCUCCGAACACCGCAAAUCUGUAUCUGUAGACGUGACUACAAGUUUUCCCAGACGAAAUGACACUAUUACUUUUACGUUCCCUGGAGAUACGGGAGACACGUCGACGUUGACUGCACGGAAACCUCCGUCGGGGUUGACCGACAAAAAGUGGACUACAGAGAAUAAUCAAGUUUUUCAAAAUGAUUCUACUAAACGAAUUGAACCAGUUCUCCGAGUAUCCGCAAUGCCCUACGAUGUACGACAGGAUAAUAGAAAAAGCGUCAUGUCUGAUAUAACAAAUAGAAAACCAUCCGAAUGGGGGAACAUUAGUCCAAAUCAACGUCCAGUAAUGCAGCAAGAAAACCGACGUUCAGAUUAUUUUGAAGAGCAUCGACGUUCGCCAAUGCCUGUAGUUAUUGAUCCGAAGCGGAUUGAAGAUGUGAGAAGAUCGCCUAUGCCAUUCAUGGCUGUUCGUGAUAGUUCGUGCGAACGAGCUCCACAAAAUAGUCCGUCAUACGUCGCUAGUCAGAAUUUUGAAAAAACACGUCAAGAAUUGGUAAUUUGGGCUGAGCAACGUCAGCGUCACGAUGUCGAGCGCACUAUGCUUCCGAAUCAAAUGUUCACAACGAGUCCUCGUUCACGAAACCCGUCCGAGGAACGCCGAGAUCCCCGAGUGAUGAUGCCUCUUGACGAGCAGCAACGUGGCAAAGACAUCAGAGUUCCCCAAGUUGCAUUUCAGCCGAUUCCUAACAUCAGCCAGAACACGAUAAUGGAACAGCGUCGUCAUCUUCGUCAUGUUAGCGCGGAUUUGACCAAACAUAUGGAGCUCUCUCGCAAGGAUUUCGAGGAUCAACCAAUCACUGGCUCUGUAGCGAAUCUCGGUCCUGGGAUAAGUACUACAUCGUCUCAACGUGCUAGUCCAAACUUGUGUCAUCAGUUUCCUGCGUUAAGUGAAGCCAAGCUUGACACUAAGACGCUGCUGACUGUUGUAACAGAUUUCAGUGGUGAUAAUCCGAUGAAACCGCUUGAGCAGAGUGAUCACAUAAUACACAGUCACAAGAAAAGCCACAAUAUAUCUGCUUGUUUGUUAACACACAGUAAGAGCCAAGCUGAGAAUCUUCAGUCUGCUUCGGGAGAUUUGCUUACUGAUAAAACUGAAUACAAUCAUUCUCAGCAGCACCUACAACAACAGCAGCAGCAGCAGCAACAAAUGCAUAAUCAACAAAGUCUUGAUAUGAUUGCCGAGAAGCUUAGCCAAUUUGAACGUCAACAAAGCGAUCUUCAGGCACGACUCCAGUGUCUACAAAAUCAAAAUCAGCUUUUGGAUCAAGUUGCUCAGUACCAGCACCAUCAAACUGAUUUGCAGUCACGCCUCCAGUGUCUGCAAGACCGACAGGCGACCGAAAAAUCGAUGCGCCAGGCUAUAGAGUUACAGCAGAAAAACGUCUUCAACGACAUGCAUCACAUGCAAAUGAAAGCUUUCGCGGAUCAAGCUAUCGACCAGCAACAGCAGCAACAUCAUCAUCAGUCCGAGCACAAGCAAAUAAUCGAUCAUCAGCAUUUAUUACACCGUAAUUCUGGUAACGCAUAUCUGUCAGCCGCGGGUUUUACCAAUCAAAUGUGUCAAUCACUGACAUCCGAUAGAUUAUCGCCUCGCAUUCAAGUCGAGUCAUCUGAGCUAGAGCGAGCAUCGCAAAUUACAUUACCAACUAACUCACAGUUUGAAAGGAAUGACGGGACACGCGGCUCCCAGCACCAGUAUCGAUUGAUGUGCCAAAUAAACGUCACCUCUGCCAGCAGUCUCACCGCACCCACAGGGGUCACGUUUUCCGGGACUCUCAAGAAAGUACCGCCGGAGAAGCCUCCGAGGACUUCGCUCAUUGUCCAGUCGCCCGAGGCAGAGAGCAACCGGAGCCAGCCUGCUAUUGGACUAAAGCAAACACCGAAAGCAAGGCCGACAAUAUUUGGUACCGUAGCAUCAGACCUUAAUCCUAAGGAUGGCAACAGUCGAAGGAGCUUGCCACAGACUCCAGCCGGAGGCGUGGGUGGAAAGGGACUGGGAAGUGGAUGUGGCGCCGGCACAGGUCCUGGAAUGGUCAACGGUGCAGCCGUCGACCAUCAGGACGUUCGGGACGGCGUCGCCAUAAACACGGAACACGCAUUAGUUUAUCGUGAUGGUAAUCUCGUGUCAGGUUCUUUGGAGGCGCUAGUGCAGCACAUGGUACCAACAGAAGACUAUUAUCCAGACCGGGCAUAUCUCUUUGCGUUUUUGCUGAGUGCACGGCUCUUCAUCAAGCCCCACGAGCUGCUCGGCGAAGUUUGUGCACUGUGCGAGCAUCAGCAGAACCUCAAUGGCGAGGGUGGAAAAGAACGACUGCAGCGUUUUGUCCCACGACUGGUGCAACUUCUCGCAGAGUGGACGGAAACUUUUCCAUAUGACUUCCGAGACGAGCGAGUUAUGGGUCACGUGAGGUCUAUCACCCAGAAAGUGGCUGCCGUGGACGCUGCCGCACGACAAGAAGUAUCAGCCCUUUUGCAAAAUUUAUUGCUACGUCUAACGGCACUUGAACGCUACGAGGAGGGAUUGUCUAGACUUGCCACCGAAGCUGCCACAGAACAACUCACUCAGGUCGAUGUAACAGAAUUAUGUCCAUCGGCAACAGUACUGGCACAACAAUUGACCCACGUUGAGCUCGAGAGACUCUCGUACAUCGGACCCGAAGAGUUUGUACAGGCAUUUGCGAAGGAAUCGCCCCAUCUGGAAACCUCCUUCAAAGACAUGAAGAAGACGAGGAAUUUAGAAUCCUACGUUCAGUGGUUCAACAGACUGAGCUACUUUGUCGCAACCGAAGUUUGCAAACACGCUAAGAAGAAACAGCGAGUCCGCGUCGUGGAGUAUUGGAUCGAAACGGCCAGGGAAUGCUUCAACAUAGGCAACUUUAAUUCCUUAAUGGCCAUUAUUGCAGGAUUAAACAUGUCUCCUAUUUCACGGCUAAAGAAAACUUGGUCAAAAGUACAGUCGGCAAAGUUCUCAAUUCUCGAGCACCAAAUGGACCCGAGCAGCAACUUCAGUAGCUACCGCAGCACUCUAAAAGCAGCAAUGUGGCGCAGCGUCGGUGCUACCGACGAAAGGCAGCGAAUUGUCGUACCUUUCUUCAGUCUCCUUGUCAAGGACCUCUAUUUCCUCAACGAAGGCUGCAGUAACAAACUUCCAAAUGGUCACAUCAACUUUGAAAAGUUUUGGCAACUCGCCAAACAGGUGACUGAGUUCAUAGCAUGGAAGCAGGUGGCUUGUCCUUUUGAAAAGAAUUCACGGGUCAUUGCUUUUCUACAAGCCAGUCCAGUGCUCACUGAAAAUGCUCUUGCCUUAGCUUCCUUUGAAUGCGAGCCACCUGACAACAAUCCAGAGAAGGAACGUUAUAAAGCUUUAAAAUCUGAUUUAAAUGCUCAGUGAAAAAGAGCUAGCGCUACUGAGUGGGAGAGAUACUGAAGUAGACACGUAUAUAUUAAUACUAAUAUAUAUAAGAACAUAAUAAUCAUAAAUAUUAAGAUUAAACAUAAAGAUUUAAGUACGACAGGCUGAUCAAAG